AUGUCUGCAAAGGCCCCCGACACAAAAGGAAAUGCGGAGAGAGCCCCUCGGCGGAGCCCCAGUCCCGACAACGAAGCCUUGCUUUUGAGGCAGAAGCACACAUUGCUACACGUCCGAGAGAAAGGAGACCUGCCCUCGCAGAGAAGACAGGACCUCCAGCAGUGGAAGCUGCCCCAGCGCUUGGCCAGGGAGCUGAAGGCAGAGCAGCAGGAGGCCCCAGGCCAGAGAGUCCAAGGCCUAGAGAGGCUGUACUUAGCACAUCUGUUGGAGUGAGGCGGUGGCGGGCAGACUGCCGAGGACUAUGAACCUGACUCAGAGGGCUUGACCCAGCGAGGAACAGCCAGGUCGCCCAGGGCCGAGGGGAAGCACACAAUGGCCGUGUGGCAAGAGAAGGGACACGGGGAAGAGCUGGUCCGACGGCAGCCCUGGUGCCUGCCUGUUGCGUCCUGGAGAAGAGCGGUGGACCAGGAGAGGCAGGGAGCCUCCAGAGCCACGGGCCUGAGUCCUCGUCCCCUGAGCCCACCAGAGAGGAGUAAAGGAAAACACGUGCCUUCAACGAAGACCGGUGGGGGCCACCGUCCCGUUGACCCUGGGCUGAGCAGAGGGACAGACUUGGGAAAGCUCUUGGCUGGUAGGGGAGAUAAAUGCCUGGAGAAACGGGAGACAGAAACAGCCCAGGAUGGCAGGAGGCAGCUGGGGAAGCCAACGGCUUGUCUUCAAGGCCCGAAAAACCACUGUUUGGAUCAGAGCCCCGAGGGCAAAGCCGACGACCUGGAACAGCUGUGGCCAGUCGGCUCGACCUGCAGAAGGGGGGCCUCACCGCUGGCAAAGCUCUGUGACAAGAGCAGGUGGCAGGGAGAGCUGGAGUUUGCCUCUGAAGAGUUGUUUGAUACCAACCGGAAGCUGAAAAAACACCUGAACUUGCACCUGGAUCUCAAGCCCGGGAUGGAUCAGAGCCCCAGUGAAGAACAGGGCUUUGAGGAGACGCAGGCGUGGAGAAGGGAGAGCCAGAGAAAGGGAAACGCAAGAGAUGCAGAGAUGGACAUGGUGCCCGCCAGGGAGCCCGCGAGUCCAGCAGGGGUGGACGCCCACCUGACGCCAUCCAGAACCAGCUUGAAAAAGUUACUAAGCAAGCUCAAGAACCAAACCCAUAGGAUGGCCAAGUGCAUGGUUAAGAAUGACAGUAAACCAUGGUCUCCUGAGGCAGGGACAUCUGUCGAUGAAGAGAACCUGCUCUCGUGCAGCCCCGAAUCCAGACAGGAGCCUCCCCGACCUGACGCACUGGCGCAGGGCUCCCUUCAGCUUCACCCGCAAGAACAGGCAGACAGAGGUGGCUUGACAGCAUCAAGGCAGAAGCAGAAAAUGCAGGUGGAGCAGAGAAGACCAAAGCAGCUGGACUCACUCAAGCAAAUCAGACACCCCAAGAUGAGCUUGGAGGCCGACCCCCAGACGGAGCUGGAAGAUGGGAGGAGGGAACAGAGGCAAGCUUCUCUGGCUCAUCGGAAGCCUGACUCCCCUCCAGACCAGGAGAAGAAAGGAGGGUAUGACCGCAGCCCCACUUCCCCCUCGGCCAGCAUCGUCGACGAUGACAGGCACAGUCAGAUGAUCCGUGACCUUCAACAGCAGAUUCUAGAGCAAAACAAGUUGCACAAGCAGUUUCUUGAAGAAGCCAGGAAACGCUUGUGAGAGUUUCAGAGAAUAUGUUAA